UUAAAAUUCCUUCGGAAUUUAAUCCUGCUGACAUGGGGACUAAAUGUCUCUCGGUCGAAAAGUUGUUGUCGUGCAAACGCACGUUAAACAUUGAUUGCGGAUAAGUUGCCUGGUGAUCUUACCCCGUUUGCCUGAAUAUGUCUUUGUGAUUAUUCAGGCAAUCCAGCGAUGUUGAGUCUCAAAUUGUUUUAGAGCGUUGUGCUCUACACCACUAAGGUCCAAUAAGGUGGAGAUUGUGUAAGGUAUUGGCCCAACUCUUUUCUUAUAAGCCCAACUUACUUGUGGAUGCACCCGGCCCAGCACUUUAUCCCUUCUAGGUGUUCGCUCUUCAGCCUAGUCAAUUUCCUUCGUCCGCCUCUUUUGCUCGGUUAAUUGUGUAUCUUCUUGGUAAGGAAACUUACCAUUCUGAUUCUGGAGCUUUGCCUAUAUAUUGCUCGUUCUUCUCUGCUGCUAGGGCUGGCCGAACUGAACAACCCUAUUCCACACAAAGAUUCCGUCCAUUGCUCCUCUGUGGAGCAUCCCUUUGAGUUGGCCGGAAAAUAGCCUGCUGGCUGACGCCCCUUUCCCCUUAGUGAUUCUUAGUGGUGAAAUUCAUCCUUUGUGGAUGAAAUAGCAGACCUGAGCUGGAAGAGACCCCUUCUAACAGACAUCAUUGCCAAGACCUUGCCAAUUAUAAUGGAUUUAAAAUUGUUAAUUAUAUGCUGAACAAAGUUUUGACAAAUGGUUGUAUAAGAUUAAUGUAAAUGAGAUGGAACUUAUAAUCUCAUAAACUAAUAUAGAAAAAAUUCACCCUUCAUAUUUAUUUUAAAAAAUUAAAUACAAAAGUUAGCUAUUUGGAACAAAUUUAUUCUCAGAUUAUCAAAGAACAUGCAUGUCCUAGACUGUAGCAUAGAACACAUAUGACUCGAAAAAAGUUUAAAUUUAUAUUUAUUAUUAAUUGUUCUUUUGUACAUGCAAUUUUCUAUGGCAAUUGCUUCGUUUGGCUAUUCAUGAAUCAUGAUCUAUCAAAUUCUCAAUGACGUAUAAUGCAUAAGGGGCCACUGUAUAUAACCAACAUGUCUCGGGUUCUUAUCGAAGGGAGGAAACAAUUUUUCCUCUCAUCCUCUUUGGUGACUCCAAAUCAAGACCUCACACAAAGAGAGAUGAUCCAAUAGUUUCAACAAGUUGAUGCAAAAUAACGUUUAUAUCCAUCAAUUAUUGUGUCAAUGACAUGUUUGGUACUCAUUUCUAAAUUUAUUUCACUUGUAACUCUUUAACCGCUAGUUAUGAUGGAACGGUGCACAUGUCCUUGCAGUUUUCCACUCCUAGCUUUCUUUCGUGUAAGGUCUAAUUCUUUUUUCAAUACCAUUCCUAAUACGGUUAUGUACUACGUUUACAAAAACAUUUAAUCGAUUCGGUCUAGUACUCUAGUCCCAAUUUGGAGGAACAAGAAUCGUAUUCAAGUUGAGCUUAUUCAAGUUACAAUUUUCAAUCCGAUCUGAGUGAUUUUCUCGCCCACCUCCUAUCCGGAUACAAAAUCGAUACUGAAACCACCCUAAUUACAACUUUUGGACUUAUUGGAAAAAUCAAUGACAAUAUCAACUAUGGUAUGAGAAGUCAAGAAUUCUUAAAGUUAAAAAAACUAGAGAGGAGGAUGCAAAUAUUCCUUUGUGAGGAUGUUUGAAGAUUGAAAAAGUAAAAAAAGGAAAGAUGUAUAUCAAACAUGCCAUUAAAAAGUGUCCAAGAAUUAAAAAAUACUGGUCAAUUUUAAUUUUUGUAUGUUUUUUCUAUAAAAAUACUAGUACUUAAUUAUCCAAUAAAAACAGUUCUAAAAUAAAAAAAAAAUGAGAUCUUCACUUUUGAGCAUAUUAAUUGUACUCUUGGGGUACACACUUUUUGGUAUACACACUUUUACAAGAAAAAAUCUUAAAUAAACUUGUAUAAAAGUGUAUAUAAAAAAGUGUAAUUUUUGGUGAUUUUUUCCCGGUCAUCCGCUUGGUUAGCGUGAUCCUUUCCCGUUCAAUAUAACAUUUCAUUGAGACGGAAAGACUCGAAAUAAGGGUUCGAAAAUAGAAAUAAGGGUAGCUGUUAACCGCCCUUUGCAUUUGCAACGGCAGUUCAAAAUUCUGUUACGGUUAUCAACAGGCGUCAACCGGCGCCAACGGUACGAGAAGGUUAUUACAUUCACUUCCGAGUUCCAAAUGGAGAGGAUCAGUAUUGUUUCUUCCCCUUCUCAUCUCAUUGUGCGACAAAGAAUAGGUACUCUUCCUUCUUACACCUCCAUUUCUAAAUGCAUCUAUUUCUUCUUUAGCAUUACUCCUACAAUAUGCACUAAUUCGUGUUAUCUUCUUUCAUUGCCUUAAAUUUCAUCCAAAACAUAACAAAUACACAGCAAUACUUAGUAUGCUUUAAUUUAGAAGUACAACAACGAAUUGCUCCACUUAAUUGCUCUACUUUAAGAGAAAGUUUUAUACGGCUACCCACUUAAGCAUUGUUUUGCUUCAAGUUCUCUGCCGGUCUGCUGUUUAUAUUCACUAGAUAUUGCUAAUAUAAACACUUUCAGGAUUCACCAAAUGUGGAUUUCUUGUUAUUAAAAAAAACUAUACUUCAUGCUUACAAAGUGUUUGGUAAAAAACCUCAAACAAAUUUCAUAGCACUUAUUGUUACUGCCUUAGCAAUAACUAUAACCAUAUUUCUCAUCCUUCCCUUAAAAAUAACAUCACAGGUGCUUGCAAAAUAGAUCAACGCCAUUGCUUGAAAGACGUACACAGAAAUUAUGUAGUAGAAAAGCAUAUAGAAAAACACCAGCAUUAUUCAUACGAUAAGGACUUACUAGAUUGAAUUACACGACUUUAAAAAAAGUUAUAGUACAAGGUUUUAUAAAAUCGUUGAAAGGAUGUAUACGAUUAGUAUACCGUGCCAUUUUAACCCAAAAAUGCUAACAAACCCAGCAAACUUCCUAGAGUCUUGUGAUGGUUUGAAUAAAAAAACUUCAUAAACAGACCCAUUCCUUUAGGAAUCAUUGGAAUACGACAAUAUUCAGUCCAAUAUAUCAGAAUAGUUCAUAGAUAAGUUUUUUUUAUAAAGCAGUUGAUAGAUAAGUUAAAAUAUGUAAGAUUAAAAACUUCAAAUCUUUAUCUUUAUAUACAUAAAAAUGGAACAGGCCGGGAAAACCCUAUUCACGCCCGAUUCCUUUUUAGUAUAUACAUAUAGCUGAUACAUCGAAGUGCAAACACGUGAUCAUUGAUCAAAUAGAAACACCAAUUCGGGCUAAAUAAAUUAUUGAAAAUGUAAAGGUACCAGUUUCAACCUGUAAAUCUGAUUAGGUAAAAUCUGACAGAUGUGUUUCCUUAUUAAAAACAACCUAUGUGGCCUUUUCAGAUAAAAAUUAUGAAUUACAUCAUAAGCGCGCCACACCCUCGGAAUUCUCACAGUUAUUUCUGGCGGUUUCCAUUCAGCAGUUUUUAUUUUGCAGUUUCCUGGACAGAACUUUCACGUAUAUGUGAAUUCAACUAGUUACUAAAAUACUGAUGUAUUUGCUGUUCUAUACUUCUACAACAUCUAUUUCAUACUUCCUGUCUCAGAUUAGUAAUUUUUAAUAUUUUUAUUUGAUAUUAGCCAAUAUUUGAUACUUCUAAUUUAUUGUUACCGUGAUAUUAUUUGGGACAGGGUGGUACUACCAACAGGCUGAACACCAUUGGCUACAAUCAAUUCUCAAGGAGGAAGAAACACUUACAAGUUAACGAGGCUAAGGUGGUGGACUGGUGGUAAUCCAAGAAAGUACCAUUAGAAAAUCAAGUAACAGUACAAGCAUUGAAAACAAGUGGACUAGAGCACUUUUUCGGGUACACUUUAAAUCAAAUAUUUUGAAUUAACCGUUAUUCGUCUUUACAUUUUACUGUUUUAUUAGUAUCCUUAUAUUUCUAUAUAAGGAUAUUUUUUCACUUAAGAAAAUUGUUAGUAUUUAUAUUACCAAGCAUUUGUAAUGAUAUAAAGAUAUAUUAAAAGAAUAUUAGCUUAUAUAAAUGUUUCCAGUUAAACCAGAACUAACUGCUAAAAAAUUGCUCAGAAUAUCCAGUUUUAAACAACAUUUUGAAGGAGUAUUUGAAUAUGUAAGUCUUAGCAAGGAAUAGAUUGGAGGAAAUAUAAAACUACAUAACGUUUCAAAGUUUUUUCUAAUGCGUGAAGAUUAAAUGUAUAAAGAGAUUAGAUUUUACUAUUUUAGAAGCAAUGUUUUCAAAUAAAACAAAAUUUGAAGAUUACAUACUCAUAUUGGUCAGUGCACUUAUGACCACUACUAAUAACAGUUCGGUUAGUAAGACAUGAAAUAAACACACAGGCUGCUUACUAACCAAAACAGGUGAUUUAAGUGCCACUUACAAAGCGUACCACUCCCAUGUAUAAAUUAAGCGGCAGUUUAAGCUUUUUCACCCUUACCGUUACCUCUACCCCACCCCAACCUACCCAUACCCGUACCCCUCCCCUACCCGUACUCAUACCUUAUCCAUACACCGUUUAAAUCUAGGAAGUAAACGUGAGCUUAUAGCACUACUUAUUUUAUGUGUCGCUUAUUAACGCAAGUCUUAAUAAGUACCGCUUAGUAACCUGUCAAGUAAACAUGUUCUAGAAGUUUUAGAGAGAAGCGGUGUUUGGUUAGCAAGAAGGAGCGAUAGGUUAAAGAGGAGCGUUGAGAUAUUGAGAAGCGGUGUGGAAUGUCUACUGGGCUUACUUCGAAUGGGCAAUACAAAUUUUGGGCAGACUAGAGCUUUUUGUAAUCAGAUUGGGCCAAGGUUUUUGUGGGUUGAUUUGUUAACAGGCCUAAAUAAACAGAUUGUCCAAAUGAGGGUGCUAGCUACUUUUUGGGAAAUAAAAAAUUAUGGAGUAAUUGAAACUGAAUAAUCAUCAUGAGCCCUGGCCGGUCCCAGAGUAAAAAAUAUGUUUGAGUAUUAGUGUAAAAUUUGGUUUAACAAUUUAUCAAAUAUAAGAAAAUGGUGUGCGCAUUAGGACUUUUAAUGAUAAUUUCGCAAAUAAAUUUUAUUUCAAUAAUAUUUAAUGGGUCAUCCGGAAACGGUUUCUCUGUGCUUUAGUACAGGGGUAAGACUAGUACAUCCGACCCCCACUUACCCCUCCGAAAGUGUGGAAGCCUUUUGGGCAAUGGGGUAAUGAUAAUGAAUGAAUAUUUAAGAAUGAAAAUUUAAAAUUAUUUUCAAAGCUAAUUUCAAAUUUUGUAACGUAGACUAGAAGAAGUAAUAAAUUAACUUGAAAUUAAUUAUUAAAACUUGAAUUUAAAACUCAAAACACUAAAGCCAAUGGUCAUUAACGGUUUAUUACUUCCCGCGCAGACUAUUCUAUCCAUUUCCUAAAAUACAACCAUUUCAUUUCUGCUGCCUCUUUUCACUCUCGCCUUCAUACCGCCAAGUUUAACUGUCAUAUCGUGGGGCCCAAUAGGGCCGGAAAAUGGCAGGCCCUUCAAACUUCGGAUCUGUCCUCCCUCAUCCUCAUCCUUUUGAUCACCCUCCUCUUCCAUUGAAUCAAAGCCAUGAAAUUCCAAACACCUUCCCGGAACUGCAAUGGAGUCAAGAACCUGCCGACCCUCCAAAUAAUCCCACUCUCUCACAACCAGGUUGUCCUUUUAACGACGUUCAUCAGUUUCCUGGUCAACCAAAUGCUGCCUUUAAUACCUAUGCGGACCCUCUGCUUGAAGAAUUAUUACUUCAGGAGUGCUUCCCUGACGCCGGAGUUUCAAGAACUUUCCCAGAGGUUAAUGGUCAUGGUGAUCCAGAGUACGCAGAGAAUUCGACAACACCGACUACUGCUAUAUGGCCAGCAAUGACUUUACCGUCUCCGACGUCUAUCUGUAAUGCCUGUUUGGUCCUUCGUGAAAUAAGCCAUACAAAUGGUGCGUGUUGUACAGCAAAUUAAAGUUUCUAAAUUUCAAGUUUUACAUAUUUACAUAGUACUACAUACCUGUUAUGUAUAUAUAGAGUUUUUGAAAUGGAAAUGUAGUAUUUUUUUUGAAUUUUCGUGCUCAUAAGUUGCAACAUUGCAUGUAUAUAGCAUGGAUAGAAUUGUUGGUCUGUGCUCUCAUACUUAGUAAUGAUCACUUUGUUAGGUUUGCAUAUAUGGAAACUUCAAUUGCAUGGAAGUAUUGGAAUGAUCACUCAUGCGGUCAUAGAGAAACUCUCUUCGGACUUUUCUCUACAUCCACAGUACCAAACUUUCGAGUAAGAUGAUUAGUUAAUUAAUUAAUCCUGCUUAUAUUUCUGCAAACCUUGGCCACUAAGGACCUUUUCAUAUAAAUUACUUCUACUACACAAAAUUUGUUACCUAUAAAUUGAAGGAUUUAUAGAGUUUCGAUCAGUCGAAGCUUGGCAUAGCCCCCUGACUAUGAACACGGUGUCCUCUGAUUUUUACUCCCUUUACAAUGUUUACUCUUAAAAGAAAUUGCACAAAAUAGGAGUAAAAACGUUUAUGAAUUUCAAAAUAUAAUUUUUAUAUUUGUAUUCCCUAAACUGAAGUAACUACUUGUUAGAACCUGCAGAUUAUCUAACAGUUUACAGAAAUUGAUUCAAGAACUCAAAGGCAACUUUUAUUGAAUCUCCUUAGGCAACUGGCCGAAGCCCCCAAAUGAAAAGAAAGAGAGGCUCGUCUCUAACUCCCCAAUCCCAAGACUAAUGUCUAAAGUUUAAACAGCCUCCUAACAACUUCCAAAUGUAUUCUCUUUAUAGUAAGUAAGGCUAACCACCGGCAGUUAUUAGUUCAUAACAGACUAUACUAAUAACAACCCUACUUCCUUCUAGAAUACACUUUAUUAGAGUAUUUAUCUCCUCUCUUCAUAUUAGUAAAGUCUCUAUCACUACUAUCACGUUUUGGUAUUACUAGACUCUAAACAUGAUACUUCUCAAAGUUUGAUAGUAAUUACUUCUAUUUAGAGAAUAAAAACAUGACAGUCCAAUUUUGGAAUUUCAAAAGCAUUUUUAAUCCUACUUCAAAAAAAAUAUUGGUUUCUUGUCGAAAGUGUUGCAGCACUCAUUCCUUUUACCAAUUAUAAGUGAAUCAAAAGCAUGUUUUUUUUUUCUAUUUCAUAUUUGUAGUUACAAUUCCUUUUCUACUUACAUGUUCACUAUUUCACAAUAACAAUAGUUGUAAGUUGUAACAUUGGUUUUUUUUUGUGUCGGCGUGUUGCAGCUUUUGCAAGGAAAGUGUGGAUACAGUGAAGCAAUUUUUGGUUAGGUAUUUUGAGGAUCGUAAACAAGAGGGAUACAUUGUGCUUCAAGACCCAUUAUGGGAGUUCUAUGAUGCUAUGAGUGUUGGAUUGGGAGGAGGGACUGAUUUUUUGGACAUUGACUCCUUUUUUGAACUACCUCCUUCAACUUCAGGUGCUCACAUCUAUCAAUGUAUAUAUAUUUUUAGGGACUACAUUUCGGUUUUCUAUUCCGUUAUCUCAGUUUUGGACUUCGAUCGAAUGUGACUUAAAACACGCUAAAAGAAUUAUCACUAAAUUCACAUUGCAUUAUGCAUUUUUUAUAUAGUUUGGUUACUCCGAUGUUAGUCUAGCUCAAUUUAAUAUGAUCUGGAAAAAUAAUAUCAAAGUAAAACUAAAUUGCAUAUUUUUCAACUUAAAUUUUAUUCUAAUGAGUUAAUUUGGGGACUAAUAAUAGAACUUUUCAUGUUUUAGUGAAGCGAGGUACUAUGGAGAAAAGUUUGGUACAUAAGACCAACUAUAUGUUAUGGGAAUGUCAUUUAGCUCAGUGAUUAGGCGAAAACUUUUUAGUCGCACUAAAACCACUAAUGUUUUGUUGGAAUAGAAUAAUCUAUUAAAAUACGGAAUAUGAGAGUAUUGUAUGAAAAACACAUUUUAUAAACAAGUUAGUCAAAAUAGCAUAUUUAGGAUUAUUAGUAAAUGUGUCAUAAGACUUGUAAAUAAAUGAAAACCAACCUACAAGCACUAAAGGGUGACUCUCAUAACAUUACUAACAUUUUAAUUUUUGCAAGUACAGGUGGUGAUCAAUUGAUGAAUCAACCAGGCAUACCAAACCAAAACAAUGCACCAGAGGAUGGGAACAUACCCCAAAAGAUCCCUCUUUCUACACAGAGGGAAAGAACUGGAAAGUUGAAAUUAAAAGACUUUGCAGGGUACCUUCAUCUCCCCAUAGAAGAAGCAGCAAGGAGAAUGAACAUCUGCCCUACCGUAAUGAAGAAGAUAUGCAGGAGAGAUGGGUUGGUGCGUUGGCCUUACAGAAAGGUGAGAAGCAUCCAAAGGAAAAUAGUGAACAAGUCGAAAAGCUUAUCUGUGAAUGACGCCGAAGUGAGGGAUCGCACUCAAGUUGAAAUCCUAGAGCUUCAGCAACAACUCGCCAACAUUUCUGAAGCAUUCUUUGGUUGAUUUGUAUAUAUGUGUACAUUUAUUUUUGUAGCAAAAAUCAAUUCUUUGAAAGGGUGUUUAAAUAAAAAAUAAAAUAAAAAUGAUAUUAGGAGUUAUAUUCAUACUUAAGAGAAAUGUAAAUCGUAAUCAUAUCGUAGUUUGUAAAUAUACAUGUAAUUAUAUUGUAUGAUUAAGUCAUAAUUAAGUAUUUCAGUUUGUGUGAUUGGUACUAAAGUUUAUCUAUUUAUUACUAUCUUUGU